AUGACUGCCAAGCCCUGCCCUUCUUAUGAAUCUUGGUGGUACUCAGACUCUGCCCGAUAUGAGUACCUCAAGAGCGACCUCUUCUGGACAUUGGCCAUCCUCAUCAUAGCCAAUUGCUGGUGGUCAGCCAAGCAGGUCGAUUCAUUCCCAAAUGAGGACGACAACGAAAACGACACUGCCGUCGCCAAAUCUAAUACUACAACCCAACAGCGGCGCCCCGGCUUCUGGCUCAAGGACCGCAUCACAUCACGCCUCCGCCAAUAUCUCGCCCUCUUGGUCUGCACUUCUGCAUUCCCUCUCCAGCUCCUCCACGGUUCCUGGGUUAUCAAGUCUAUGUGGAGAAUCUCUCUCGGGCUUUUUAAACGCACAUAUCCUGAUUCCCUCAAACCACGACUGCUGGGCAUCGUUCUCUACUCUCCCGUUGCUGCCAUCGUAUUGUUGGCCUGGGCUGCUGUCGUGGGUGCUGGCGUCUUCAUCGUUGCCACGCAGAUUCUGCUUUGGAUCAAGCUCUGGGAAAUGGAUCCUAGUGCGCAACCUAGUCUCCCUUCUCCCAAGGAUGUUAAGAAAAAGAUCGAUGGUGAUGGAGACUGGGAUGAGAUCAAGGAGGAUGAACAGGAAGGGCCUCUGCACGACAGCGAGCUGGACGUGCUGGACGAACCGAACGAAUGCUACCGCCUUUACACCAAGGAGUUCCACGACCAUGGAAUGAGUGCAAAUACGCCACCUGGUAUUCGCAUGAACGAGGUGUCGGGUGAAAUCCUUCGUCUCAAAUCACUGGGCUUCGAGGAUAUCCUUAAGGCCGAUGGGAUUGAUCCACCUCACCCCGAAGCAUAUUCCCGGGAUAUUGGCGAUCUCAGAGACGUGGGCUAUAUCGAUGAUUAUUGUCGUAUCAUUGCAGGCGGCGAAAAGGCGGUAACUCUUCCAGUUCACUGCAUAUGGUAUAAUUGCUUUCGCAAAGCACAUGACCUUGACUGUCUCGGUCAAUUGAUUACCAUCGCUGCCCUUAUGAGUAGUCAAGAUGACAUCUUGACCAGGCCUUACCAAUCUCUCAUCCUCAAGAAGAAUAUUGAGGGCGAUGGAAAUUGGAAUUGA